AUGGAGAAAGCCAACAUGACCAUCCUCUUGGAGAAGAAUGUUUCAACUACAAUCUUAAGCACCGUUCAUUCACCAGUGGAUAUAACUCCUAUGAAUCUGGCUAUGGGCAUCUCCAACUUGGUGGCCUUCCUGGUGGGGACAUCAGUCAACGGGCUCUUCCUAUGGGUAUUGGCGAUGAAGAUGAAGAGAACUGUGACUACCCUCUGGUUCCUCAACCUGAUCCUCAUCUAUUUCAUGUCUUCUUCCUACAUACCUUUCUUUGCUGUCUACUUCCUCCUUGAUUUCCACUGGGUCUUUGGCGCAAUCAUGUGCAAAGUGGUUAACUCCCUAGGUUCACUGGGGAUGUUUAUCACCGUCUUUCUCAUCACUAUUAUCAGCAUAGACCGCUACCUGCUCAUCUGCCACCCCAUCUGGUCCCAGUAUAACCGGACUGUUCCUCGGGCACGGAGACUGAUUGCAGGAGUGUGGCUCACUUCGUUCGCCCUGAGUGCUCCCUACCUGGCUUUCCGGGAGACUCGAGAAGCAGAAAAGGGUAAAAUCACGUGUGUCAACAAUUAUGCUCUCUCCAGUGACUGGGGUAGUCCCAGAAUAGAAGCCCUAAGGAAUCUCAUUCAUUUGACUCUCUUUUUGGUUCGAUUCCUGCUGGCCUUCUUGAUUCCCUUCUGCAUCAUAACGGGCUGCUAUUGCAGAAUGAGAUCAGAACUAAAGAAGAAAAGGUGGGUGAGGAACAAAAAGCCCUUCAGAAUCCUGGCAAUUGCUGUGGCCUCCUUCUUCGUCUGCUGGCUUCCUUACCAUCUCUAUCAUGGUUUAUCACUCUUUAAGAGAGUACCAGAUGGAUUACUACUGCCUCUUCAAGGAAUUUUUAUCAUCACAAGGUGUUUCAAUUUCUGCGUCACCCCCAUUCUCUAUCUCUUUGUUGGGGAGAAAUUCCAGCAAAUCUGCAAGAUGUCCCUUCUCGGUUUGCUGAAGAAAGCUUUUGUGGAUAUCCCUGUCCAACCUGGGGAUGAUCCACUGGCAAUGACAAGGGCCACCCAACCAGUACCAGCAACAGCUUGUAGAUGA